UGACAGCCUUUAAUAAGAAAUUUAUCGAAUGUGGAUCGAAUUCACUCAAUUAGUAGAAAUGAAAGUGGUUUUGAGGAAUAAAUUUUUGAGAAUAUAAGGAUUAGAGAUACCUCUUUAGUUGGUGAAAAUUUUGCUAGAUGCAAUUUCAAUGGAUCAGAAUUUGAUAAUUUAAAUAAUAGUGAAAUGAGCUUGAGUUAAGCUUAAUUUUUUGAUUGU